CAGCGGAGCUCAGUCUGGAACCAGCGGGAGCAGUGCACUCUGGGAAAUCUCAGGACGACAUGCAGUCGAUCAUCGCUAAGAACGGGUGUGAGACUCCAGAGCCAGUGAAAGCUCAAGUUAAAGGAUCCAUCCCGUCAUGGCUGCAGGGCACUCUGCUGAGGAACGGACCCGGCCUCUUCUCGGUGGGAGACUCCCAGUACAACCACUGGUUUGACGGCCUGUCGCUCAUCCACAGCUUCACCUUCAGGAACGGAGAGGUGACAUACAGAAGUAAGUUUCUGAAGAGCGACACCUACAAGAAGAAUGUCAAGGCCGACAGGAUCGUUGUUUCUGAGUUUGGAACCAUGAUCUACCCCGAUCCCUGCAAAAACAUCUUCUCAAGGGCGUUCACCCACCUCUCCAAUGUCAUCCCAGACUUCACCGACAACAACCUGAUCAACAUCAUCCGCUACGGUCAGGACUACUACGCCUCCUCCGAGGUCAAUUACAUCAACCAGAUCGACCCUGACACCCUGGAAACUGUCAGCAAGAUGAACUACAGGAAACACAUCGCGCUGAACUUAGCGACAGCUCACCCCCACUAUGAUGCCGAGGGCAACACCUACAACAUGGGUACCGCCAUCAUGAGCUUCGGCCGGCCCAAAUACAUCAUCUUCAAAGUCCCAGCAGACGCUUCAGAUAAAGAGCACAAGAAGCCGGCGCUGAGGAAAGUGCAGCAGGUCUGUUCCAUUCCUUUUCGCUCCACACUGUUCCCGAGCUACUUCCACAGCUUCGGCAUGACGGAGAACUACAUCGUGUUCGUGGAACAGGCCUUCAAACUGGACAUGGUCAAACUGGCCACGGCCUACUUCAGGGGCGUCAACUGGGGGGGCUGCCUUAAGUUCGACAAGGACGACAUCAACUUGCUCCACGUCAUCAACAGAAAGACGGGAAAGGCGAUCUCCACCCGUUUCUACAGCGAUGCCAUGGUGGUUUUCCACCACAUCAAUGCCUACGAGGACGAUGGCCACGUGGUGUUCGACCUGAUUAGUUACAAAGACGGCAAGCUGUACGACAUGUUCUACCUCCACAACAUGAAGCAGGAAACCGACAGCUUCAUCGAGACCCACAAGAGCUUUUCACAGCCCAUCUGCCAGAGAUUUGUCCUGCCGCUCAACGUCGACAAGGAGUCUCCAAGAGGAUCCAACCUGGUGACCCUGAAGGACACUUCGGCCCAGGCAGUGAUUCAGGAGAACGGAUCGGUCUACUGCCAGCCAGACACUCUGUUUGAAGGUCUGGAGCUGCCGGGAAUCAACUACAACUUCAAUGCGAGGAAGUACAGAUACUUCUACGGCUCCAGGCUGGAGUGGUCUCCACAUCCCAACAAGAUCGCCAAGUUCGACAUCAUCACCAGGACGCACAUUGAGUGGAAGAGGGACAACUGCUUCCCUUCGGAGCCAGUCUUUGUUGCAUCUCCGGGCGCCGUGGAAGAAGACGACGGAGUCAUCCUGUCAUCCGUCAUUUCUCCAGAUCCCAACAUUUCUCCAUUCAUGCUCGUCCUCAACGCCAAAACCUUCGAGGAAAUCGCCCGAGCCUCCAUCCCCGCCAGUGUCCACAUGGACCUUCACGGACUCUUCAUCCCGGCUGUCGUUUGAUUCGUGAUGGAGUCCAUUUUUUAAUGUUUUUAAAGGAUAACAUGAACUCUGAACUGUUUAUAUUUAGUUUAAAAGCACUUUUAAGGCAGAUUGCACAGAUUUUUUUUUUCAGAAAGACAGGAAGUCAUGCUGUAGGUAAACCCAUAGACAGGCCGAUUAAUCCUAAAAAACCUCCUGGGCCUCAUGAGAACGUCGCUUUAAUGACAUCCUGAGGCCCAGAAAUCGGUUGUUAAAUGGUGUUUUAGACUGAAAUGUUCCUCAUUCUACCCGUCACUACUAAAGGGUUGUAGAAGUUGUCAAUAUUUGCACAAGGCAGCAGCAGCGAUACUCACCACGUCUGGUUUGGACUGAUUUUCUGUUAUUCUGUUUGGUAACUUUCACUGUCAGUUGUCAGAGGGUUCUUGAACUCCAGAAUAUUAAACACUUAGUGUUAAAGAAUAAAAUGCUAACAGAAGAAUUAAUGGUCUGAACCCCAUUUACAGCACCAUUUAUCAACCAGAACCUAAUAAAUAACGCAGAAUCGUCACAUUCUCUAUGUUCACACGGUUUUAGAACUAAAACCAAUUCGACGUGUUUCUGUUAAAAGCUAAAAUGUGAAGUAAAAUUGGAGUUUUCCGCUGAACACACAGUGGAAACUGAUAGAAACCGUAAAUAGCUAAAUAUCUGCAGUCUGUGGAACUCCAUUAUCUCCAUGGUUGGUAACACCUGGAAACAUGUUGGACAUGUUGUCAUUUUUAUAAAUAAAUAACCAAAAAAAUGUCUAUUUUUGUUCUCUAAUUAUUCUCAGAAUGACAGCAGGGAGACCAAACUGUCUCAAAAUUAACCAAAACCAGACACAAUAUGAAAAAAAGCAAUACAAAAUAACGCAAAAUGAGACAAACUCACAAAAUACAAGAAAUAAAAUGACAAAAAAAUGACAAAAAUGAGACACAGACGCAAAAAGGACAAAG